CAUCGCGGCUACACUCAAGACUCGCUUGGUGGAGCGAUGCCUUCAACGAAGCGCGAUUGGUCGCUCGUCGCUCGCGUCGCUCGUCGCUCGUCGCUCGUCGCUCGUCACUCGUCACUUCGCAUCAGGACUUGACGACUUUUUGAGCAGCGCUCCACGUCUCUCUGCCUUCCAAUCAAGAGUCAGCGUCACCAAGAGCCCCUCGCUGCACACGCCCAGCCUUGCUCAAGAUGCGCGCAUCCACGUCCAGUCUGGCGCCAUUGAUGCGCAAUCUCUGCAUCUCCACCAUCCCCACCCCUUCACGCAGCGCACGCAUAGCAGUCAUCGCAAAGAAGCAGCAGCAGCAGCAGCAGCAGCAGCAGCAGCAGCAGCAACAGCAGCUUUCCACCUCUGCGAAGCGCUGGGAAGCCGAAGCGACUACGGCGGCGUCGACAUCCAUCGCCAGUACCUCAGCGUCAGCGUCAACGUCGCAAGCAAGACGGGAUGGGUUUGUCGGACCGCAACAUCGCGCUCCAGGGUCCGUGCAUGGCGCGAGCAGAAGCACCGAGUACCCCUUUUCUACGUCUGCGCGGGUGGUGGAGCAGGUGGAGGAGGUGCCGGCAUACAUCACGCCGCCGCCUCUAGUCAAGUCGGUGUGGCAGGGCAGCAUGGACACAUUCGUUGCGGAUAUGAGGGCAUCGUACGAUCCGACGGGCGAAAAGUCUGCCCUCUUUUCUCGCAAGUCGCGGCAGAAUGUUCCUGCAGGCAGCGUGGUGCUGGUAGAGACGUGGAGCAACAGCAGCAAGACCAACUCUACAUCCUUUAGCGGCGUCCUCAUCGCCGUUAGGAGGCGCGGACUGAGCACUUCCUUUGUGCUGCGAACACUGGUCAACAAGCUGGGCGUGGAGAUGAGGUUCAAUCUGUACAGCCCGCUGCUCAAGCAGAUCAGGGUCAUCAGCCGCGCAGAUGCCAGCAAGGCUACUCGCACGCAGGGCAGCCUGAGAAGAGCGCGCAGGGCAAAGCUGUACUUUUUGCGCAAGGACGAUAGGCGCAUCGCCGGCAUCAACAAGGUGGUGCAGGCACUCAGGCUGCGCGAGACUCAGGCGCAGAGGAGUCCGGGAAGCAGCAGCAGGCGCACGUCGACCAAGUGAAUGAGCAAGCAGCGUGCACGCGC